AACCUCAUUAACGAAGAUUUGAAAGUGGAAGCCUUAUUAAGUCGUUUCUCUCUCCUCCGAUUGUGCACGCUUGGUGCUGCCGACGUGAACUUCCCCUCUAACACGCACUAGCGCGCAGCCAAGGUUAUAUAAUUGUACGUGUUGUUGUUCCAUUAUUUUCGAAUCUCACUAUUGCUUGGUUUAAUGGGAGAGACCAUGUACUGCUUAACAUGGAUAAAAGAUCUCUUGAAACAACAUUUCCAUGAACCUUAUUAUAGACUUGGUAAUGGGACUUCAAUCUCAAGUCUUUCAGAUGAUAUCAUCAUAGAUAUUCUUAGUAGGCUUGAUGCUAAGAGUGUUUUAGCAUGUAAACUAGUAUGUUCGCCAUGGCAUCGUUUGUGUACCACACCGUAUUUUGCUGAAAUCCAUCAAAAUCGCGCUACAACUGCUACAAUUGCUACUCGUAUGUUUUUGGGACAAAAUAGAUCGUACAAUGAUGGGCAUAAAUCGACAAGAUAUAUGUUCGUAGUGGAAGAAUGUGGGAAGUAUUCAAAGUUCAAGAAAGUAAGCAUAAAAUUAGAAGGUUUUCCACAAAUAUAUGAGCUUGAUUACAAACUUUAUGAUUCUUGCAAUGGUUUUGUUCUGUUUUUUACAACCCCACAUUAUCAUUUGGUGCACCAUAUACCUCAAUACUAUGUGAUUUAUAAUCCUAUCACACGAGAAAAGGCUUCCUUUCGUGAAAAAGGACUUAAUCUUUGUGGAUUCUUCUAUAAUCAGUUAGACAAGGACUACAAAAUUCUGUUUUUUGGCAUCAAUGAGUACAAUAUGACAUGCCAAUAUUACACAUAUGGCUUUUGUACAAAAUCAAAGAGAAAAAUAGGAUCUUCACCUUAUGCUCCUCUACGAUUCAAUGGACCUGCAGUAUCAGUAUAUGGAGCUUUAUUUUGGAUGGUUUGCGACACGAACGAUCGUUAUCCAAGGGAAUGCUCCAAAUCUAUAAUGAUGUUUAAUUUGACGAAAGAAAGCUUUCAUGUCAUGCCUCAUCCAGGAGCUAAUUGUACGUAUGGCGGACGAUGGAGUACAUGGGGAAUGCAUGAACAAAUGCGGCUUUUGGAUGUAAAUGAAUUGUUAUCUUUCUCAAAUCUAUGUGAGAAAAUGGUUGAAGUAUGGGUAUUGGAAGAUCUUGCUAAUUGGAUGUGGGUGAAAAGAUAUGUUGUAAAUUUUGAUCAACCGUAUAAUAGUGAUGCACGUUAUAGAUGUCUAGAUCACCCUGUUGUGGGCAUUCAAAAUGGUAAACUUUUGUUACAUUGGCCGAGUAGGGGACUGUUUUGGUGUGAUCUGCGCUCGAACUUACUCUAUAAAAUGGCAAAAGACUCUUCUAUAGAUAAACAUGUUUGUGUAUUUCAUGGUACAAGAUACACCGGCAGCUUCGUCUCCCUAGAAAGACUCGACAAAUAAUAAUUCCACUGUUUUCUUAGAUGCAACAUCUUUGUUUUUUAGUGGCGGAUUAAAAUAAUUAAAUAUUGCGUAGUAUGAUUUGUCAAA